AUGAUUGAGGCUCUGAUGAAUUAUGGGCCUACAAAAGUCCUAGAAGGAUCGUAUAGGAAUAUUAUCUCUAGUACUAUACUGAGGAACAUGAGGUUGAUUCUGAAGAAGGAAGUGGUGCAACUUGCACACCCUUUAAAAGUGAGAAAUACCAUAAUAACUUUCAUUGAUGAUUUUCCCUACAUCUCCAAACAUAACAAUCCUGAAGUCAUCCAUGAGUACAUCAAAACGGCCUUGGAAGAGGCUGGAGUUGUUCUGACCAAGGAUAACAUUCCUAAAGGCCCUAAAGAUAGUAUGCUCAAGGUUCCAAGGAAAAGGAAGCAGGCUGGUUUUGUUACUAUGAAAGAGGUUCAGAAGCCACUAAAGAAGAUGGUUACUCUCCAGAAGGGUGUUCAGAAAGAGGUUCAAGAAGUGGCCUCCAUAAUUGUCUUGAUGCCUACCAAUACAAUGAUUAGAUCCAUUCCUUGGAAGACAACAUCUUAUUUUUGGCUGAGAAGAAGAAGAAAUUGA